AUAAUAAAAACUUCACGAAAACACUGAUACCGAGUACGGAAUCAUUUAUUUUAGAGUUUAGACGUUGCUCAAACGUACGACGACCGUAUAAUAAUGAUUAUGCGUUCUGUGAAAUUUUAUCGUCGUAACUUCCUAUAAACAUCGACGGUCGUCGUCGUCGUCAUCGUCGCCCCGUUUGCUGUGUGCACGGCAGAGUCGUACGCACGCAUAACAAUAUUGUACGCGGCGUGCACACCGUUUAUUUUUAUUGUAAUUUCUUCUUCUCGGGAACGAUCAUGUGAAAAUCGAUUAGGCACAUAUUUUAGUCCCGCGAUACGGCCCGGCGGCACCGUCGUCCGGCCCGAACCGAAAACCGAUACGGCGACGACGACGACGACGACGACGAUUGUGGCGUGUGUGCUCAAGUGUUCCUAGAAAAUUCGACGGGCGACGGUCGGUCGGGCGCGCUGAAUAAUAAUUUUUUCACCAUGAACGUCGCACUAACGUUCAGUCGUACGCGUAAUGCAAUGGUUUAUUGUUUUAUUGUCCGUCAUGUGACAUCCAUUUGCCAUUUCCUGUAAUGACAAAUGGACAUCAUGUUCCUCAUCGUUAUAAUCGUAUUGCUGACGAUCGCAGUGAUACUGUUUGCUGUUUCCAGAAAAUACGUGGUGGAGAAACUGAAACAAGAAACAAACAUCGACUUCCAGAAACUUCAGAGGCGUUACUUGAUUGUAUACUGUUUGGCGUGUUUUGCUGAUUGGCUCCAAGGUCCGUACGUCUAUAAAUUGUACAAACAGUAUGGUUAUAAUGAAGGAGAAAUAGCUGUCCUUUUCAUUACCGGCACAAUAUCCAACAGUUUAUUUGGUACAAUUACAGGAGCAUUGGCUGAUAUUUAUGGCCGUAAAAUACUUUGCAUUUCUUACGGUAUAUUAUAUUCAGGGUGUUGUGUGACGAAAAUGUUUGGUAACUUUCAAUUAUUGUUGGUUGGACGCAUGUUGGGAGGUAUAAGCACUUCUAUUCUAUACUCGGCGUUUGAUUCAUGGUACAUCAACGAGCAUGUCAAUUAUUACAAGUUGCCAGAAGAGUGGUUGAAUAAUACGUUUGCCAAAGCAACUUUUUUUAAUGCUACACUUGCAAUACUAGCUGGAUUAUUGUCAUACUUCUUGGUGAGCGUGUUAGAAUUUGGACCUGUUGCGCCUUUUGUAACGGCUAUUCCAUUUCUCAUAACUUCUAGCAUAUAUGUUGUAUCUGUGAUAAAUGAACACUAUGUUCGCAACACAAAAUCGGCUUCAGCAUCAGUAAAGAAAGCUAUUAUUCUAUGGAUGACAAAUAAAAAUAUCUUUACCCUCAGUGUGGUACAGUCCUUAUACGAAGGUGUCAUGUACUUAUUCAUAUAUAUUUGGACCCCUACAUUUGAUGUGUUAAAAGACUCAAAACCCCCGCUAGGACUAGUAUUUUCAAGUUUUAUGUUAGCUUUGAUGAUUGGUUCAAAAAUAUAUUCAAUACUAUUAGGAAAUAGCUUUUUAGAUUCAAAAAAACAAUUGCAAUUGGCUACAUUUGUAGCCAGCUUUUCAUUUUUAAUGUGUUCCUUGGCAAUAUCAAAUAUAUUUAUUGAUUACAAUGGCCAACAAAAAUAUUAUAAAGUAAUGAUUUGUUAUUUCUUUUUCUUAUUGUUUGAAAUUUCUAUUGGUAUUUACUUUCCAUCCAUGACAUAUUUAAAGAGUCAAGUAAUACCAGAAAAGAUAAGAGUUACCAUAUCAAAUGUAAUUAAAAUACCCAGUAAUGUUUUCAUCUGCUUGGCACUUUUAUGGAUAUAUUUUAAAGAACCAAAUGAAAAUGUAAUAAAAAUCCAAGAGGAUCAAGAACCUAAUGUUGAUUUUAUUUUUACAAUUUUUGUAGUAUGUUUUAUCGCUACACUCAUUACGUUCAUAUUUUCUAAAAUAUUUUCCAAGUUCCACAGUGAAAGUUUUAAAGACAUUAUUAAACGUCAUGAAAUUGAAGUAUAAA